GGUGGGAGGGGGGUGGGGGGAGAAGACAGCGGAGCAGCAAGAGGGAGAAGCAGAGGCUGAAAACGGCAACCGGGACCACCAUCACCGCUACUUCCACCACAGCUAGCACCGACACUGCUGCUGCUGCCGCCGCCGCUGCCGCCGCCGCCGCCGCCCUGGGUGCCCCCCGCCACCGCCAUGGGAACUCCGCAUCAGUCGCUCCAACCGCCGCUUUGUCCGUGGGCCAUGUCGUGAUCCGUGGGCUCCGCCAGCGGGUUUUCUAUCCGUGAUCCCGACCGAGGCGAGGAGGAGGAGGAGGAAGAGGAGGGAGGGAGGAAGGGAAGGUGGUGGUGGUGGGGAAGAUGUUCGCCUCGGUGGGCCCUCGGGGCGGCCCGCGCCCACCCGUCGCCGCGGCCAUCCCGGAGCCGGAUCUGAGCCAUCUGACGGAGGAGGAGAGGAAGAUCAUCAUGGCUGUGCUGGCUCGGCAACGGGAGGAGGAGGCGAAGGAGGAGGCCAUGUUAAAAGAAGAGAAGCCUAUCCAAGCAAGAACGGUAAACCUGGUCGGGCAGAAGAAACCUCCGCAGCAAAACGACGUCCGAGGCAUCCAGCAGCAGUUGUCCAGCUACAGGGAGACAGUGAUCCGGCAGGCCUCGGCGGCGGCGGGCUCGACGGUUCACCGGGACGACGCGCCAACCUGCGGCAUCUGCCACAAGACCAAGUUUGCAGAUGGCUGCGGGAACCUGUGCUCGUACUGCCAGACCAAGUUCUGCGCCCGCUGUGGGGGGCGAGUAUCCCUGCGAUCCAACACGCAGGACAAAGUGGUGAUCUGGGUGUGUAAUAACUGCCGGAAGCAGCAGGAGAUCCUCACCAAGCCGGGCGAGUGGUUCACCAGUCCGCCUGGAAAGCCCGCUGGCCUGGGAUCAGCCGUCAGUGAGCCGUCUGUGUGCCAAACGCCCGGGGAUAAGAAGCUCCGAUCUCGCUCCCAAGCGCCCCCGGGCUCCACCACCGCAAUCCAAGACCCCAACCGACCCAGUGCACCCGGGACCACAGCUGGCACCGAUGCGCGGUCACGUAGCGAACCACCACGAGACACGAGAAACGGGCGGGGAGGUGGAGGAGCUGGUCGGGGAGAGCGGUGGGCGGGCCAGCCCAGGCUGCAGACCCAGGUUUCCAUGGACCGGGACCUCCGGGGGGAGUCGAGGGAGCGCAGGGAAAGCCGGCGACUGACAAAGGGACGCUCUCUGGAGCAUGAUCCUGUGGGAGGAGGUGGCGGAGUAAGGCGGACAGAAGAGGGGGGCUACCGCCACAUGGACCACAACGGUGCUGCCCCUUGCCAACCAGGGCUGGUCCCUCCUGGAGGCCGAGGACACCCUGUGCCCAUGCAGGGUCGUGGCAUGGGCGUAGCAGGGGAGCUCGGGGAUGGCGUUCGGCCUGGUCAGAGGACGGUGGGUGGGGUUGGUGGGCCGCAUGAACACACCCUUGCUCAGCAGGUCCCUCCACCUGAACUCAGAGAGCCUCCUGGUUCGGGACCUGGCUCAGCCCCCGGCCAGGGACCUGUAGUGAGGCGGACCAAACGGGAGAAGGCUGAGAGCAUGCUGCGCAACGAUUCGCUAAGCUCUGACCAAUCGGAAUCUCUGCGUCCGCCACCGCCAAGGCCCUACAAGUCGAAACGAGGGCUGGGGGCCGGAGGUAAGAGACAAACCAGCGUCAGCAGUUCGGAGGAGGAAGGAGGGACGACGCCUGAGUACAGCAGCUGUGAGGACGCUGAGAUCGAAAGUGUCAGCGAGAAAGGUGACUGGGAGUGCUACCCUCAUGACCCCACUGUGUGGCAUCAUCCGGCAGCCUGGCAGCCAUCCAAGGAGGGAGACCAUCUGAUUGGACGAAUCACCCUCAGCAAGAGGAGCGCUGCAAUGCCUAAAGAAGCCGGGGCUCUGCUGGGGUUAAAGGUGGUGGGAGGAAGAGUGACAGAGUCAGGGAGAUUAGGUGCCUUCAUCACUAAAGUUAAGAAGGGUAGUCUGGCUGAUGUGGUGGGACAUCUCAGAGCAGGGGAUGAGGUUUUGCAAUGGAACGGGAAGCUGUUACCAGGGGCGACUAUGAAGGAAGUUUACAACAUCAUCCUAGAGUCUCAAGCCGAGCCUCAAGUGGAGCUGGUGGUAUCCAGGCCUAUUGGGGUGUGUAGAAAAUAUCAUGAUAUCCCAAGAAUCCCCGACACGUCCCACCCUCCAUUAGAAUCUACAGGUUCCAGUUCUUUUGAGUCACAGAAGAUGGAGAGACCGUCCUUAAAUGUCCUAUCUCCCUCCAGUCCCGGGAUGCUCCAAGACGCUCCACAGUUAAUGCCAGGGCAGCUCUCGGUGAAGCUAUGUUACGACAAAGUGGGUCAUCAGCUGAUAGUCAACGUGCUGCAGGCUGUAGGGCUUCCACUUCGGCCUGACGGGCGGCCCAGGAGCCCUUACGUCAAAAUGUACUUCCUCCCUGACCGCAGCGACAAGAGCAAACGAAGGACAAAAGCAGUGAAGAAGACAUGCGAGCCCAAGUGGAACCAGACGUUUGUCUAUACUCAUGUCCAUCGCAGGGAUUUCCGCAACCACAUGCUGGAGCUGACUGUGUGGGACCAACCCAGGUCACCAGAGGAGGACAGCACCUUUAUGGGAGAGAUCCUGAUAGAGCUGGAAACAGCCUUACUGGACGACAAGCCUCACUGGUAUCCACUCCAAACCCAUGAUGUCUCAUCCAUACCGCUGCCCCGGCCCUCCCCGUACCUGCCCCGACGACACACAGAUACCCCUGGCAAGAAGCUGCAGCCAGAUGGGCGUGGCAGGGAGAGGCAAAGGGAGCCCACGUCUACUCUGGAGGUGCCAGACCAGCAGAGGACGCCUGCCCAUCACAUACGAUCACGCUCAGUCUCCCCACACCGGGAGGAGCAGGGGCGCAUCCGGUCGCGGCCACCCAACGUUCCCGCCCAGAGGAGUUUGGAUGAUGAGCUUCCUCAAACUCGUCGUUCUCGCUCUCCGACCCGCUACUACGACCCUGCCAGAGGUCGCCACCAGGAGGAGGAGUACCUGGACGACAGUGAGAUCAUCAUGAUCCACCAGUCAAUGCGAGGCAAAAGCGCUGAGUGCCUCCACACCAGUGAUCUCCAGCCUUCUCUGGACAGGGUUAGGAGUGCUAGCGCCAACUGUCUGGCUCCAGACAAUCAUGCCCCCUCACCAGAGACUGAAAGAAAAUCUUUGUCACAUUCCCUGCCCCGGAGACGUCCGGCAAGUCCCAGGAUUCUUAUUCAACAUGCUUCCCCUGAAGAUGACAGAAUAUGGAUGCUACUUCCCACCCAAGAGACUUUAAUUCACCUCAGUACAAAGAAGAGACAGCCUCGGACCCUGGAAACUCCUGAAUGUCAGACUCUUGGCAGGAAGCUCUCUGACAGUGGCAGGGGCCACCUCCAAGGUGGUGCGUCUCUUUCCUCCUCAGUGACGUCCUCCUCAGCCCGCAGAGUGAGGCAACUCCCACAGCUUCCCCCCAAGAGCAGCACUGUAGAACAAGCCCUGGUAGCAGAGGAGCGUGUCCGUCAGCUCCAGAUUAGGGUUCACUCCAACCGGGUGUCAGCUGCCACCACCUCCAGCCAACAGGACCUGGACAGAGCCCUCAAGAACAAACGGGAGCUCUACAAAGAUCAUAGGAGGAGCAGUGAAAAUGUUUCCCAUAAGUCCUCAGACAGUGAUGUCAGUGACGUGUCAGCCAUCUCUCGAACCAGCAGUGCCUCUCGCAUCAGUAGCACCAGCUACAUGUCCAUCCAGUCAGAGAGACCCCGGGGACGCUUCAGCCGGGCCAUGCGCGCAACGGGCCGCCACAUGCUGAAGAGUACCAGCGUGAGUGGUGAGAUCUACGGCAUGGAGCACGCCGAUGGCAGCCAAUCAGACACAGCGCUGGGGAGCCUGGGGAGCGGGAUCAAGAAGCGGCGCUCGAGCCUAAGCCAACGUGUUGUUGCCAUCCUACCAUCCAGACGCAGCCGGAGUACCUCGCAACUCAGCCAGACAGAAGCGGCGGGUAAGGCGGUGGACAGACAGAAAGAGACGCAAACGGGUAAGAAGGCGGGUAAGGGCGGCAGCAGCAGCAUCCAGAGGAGCGUGGAGACGGGCAUGGCGGUGGAGUAUCCACGGGGAGGCUCAGCCAUGAACCGGCAGGCCAGCAGAGAGUCCACUGAUGGCAGCAUGAACAGCUACAGCUCUGAGGGGAAUCUGAUCUUCUCAGGGAUGCGGUUGGGUGCCGACAGUCAGUUCAGUGACUUCCUGGAUGGUUUAGGUCCUGGUCAGCUGGUGGGCCGGCAAACAUUGGCAACACCUGCCAUGGGUGAUGUCCAGAUUGGUUUGAUGGAUAAGAAAGGCCAGCUUGAAGUGGAGGUGAUCAGGGCACGAGGCCUUACCCCCAAACCAGGCUCCAAAUCCCUCCCAGCUCCCUACGUCAAGGUGUACCUGCUGGAUAAUGGAACUUGUAAAGCCAAAAAGAAAACCAAGAUUGCACGAAAGACUCUGGAGCCUCUCUACCAGCAGCACCUGCUCUUUGAGGAGAGUCCCCAGGGCAAGGUGCUUCAGGUGAUAGUCUGGGGCGACUACGGACGAUUGGACCACAAAUGUUUCAUGGGUGUAGCACAGAUCCUAUUGGAGGACCUGGACCUCUCAAGCACGGUUAUUGGCUGGUACAAACUGUUUCCGCCAUCCUCAUUGGUGGACCCUACAUUAGCUCCACUCACGCGACUGGCAUCUCAGACGUCAUUGGACAGCUCAGGACCGCCGCCAGGCGUUCGGUCCUAGUGACCGGAUGGCGGCCGCAAACCCUCCUCCUCCCCCAAAUAUCCCUUAAAUGACGAAAUAAUGGACCACAGCUCCUGGACCACAGCUGAGCAAAAGGGCGAGAACCCCGCCCCCGAGAACGACACCAAGAAGCCCUCGGUCAACCAAUGAAAAGCCAGAUGGAGAGACAGGGAAUGAGAGAGAGAAAGAGAGAGAGGGAGAGACAGAACUAGCCAAUCAAAGCUUAGCUGGAGUCUGACAAUCAUGUCUCACACCUUCCCUCUUCUUCCUCCUUACACCUUUUUGUUCUCAGAGCUUUGCUUUCUUUGUUUUCUCCUCCGACAGCAGCAGUAGAGCUUUCUGUCCAACAUUCUUCACUUCUCUCUACUGUUUCUUCCUUUUCUUUGUUCUUACUCUCUUGUGCAGCCCCUAUCAGAGCACUCGAUCCAAGUGGAGUCCUCCACCCAGUAGCGCCCCAGCCAAUCAGAGUAGAGCUUACUGUAAGGUCACGGGGAUGAGUAGUCUAAACAAUGUGUGGGAGUUAGUAGCAAACUGACGCAGAUGUACCGCCACAUAUAGGUUGGUUGUCGUCCCUACCAGUGUUACCAUGGUAACUUGAAGCAGAUGAGCGCGAGGGGCAGCGGUUUGGCACAGUUUGAUAACGUCUUAAGGUGAAGGGAGGCCGCACAAGCACGUGCACAUUCUUAGCCUUGUUGUGAGAUAUGAAAGCAAGCACAAGAAGAGCUUGACUCCUUUAUUGGGACAAACAAAAAACUUUGCUCUUUGUCUAAUCAAAGAGGAAACAAAAUAGAGGCCAAAUUAACAAUUUGCUUUUUUUUUUUAAUUGUUUUUAUUUGGAAUCAUUUUUUACGUCUUUGUUUUGCCUAGAGUUCAGAAUGGUACCAUAAGGUGCAGACUCCCUCUGUGUACGUGUAUGUUUGGUUUUCGAGCGAUGGUGCGCCAAAGGCCGACGAUAAAGGUCAGGUCACAUUCGCCCGAACACCUUUCACCCGAUCCUCACCCCUUUACCCCGUCUCUCCCCGUUCCUAAACCCUCAAACUCCCCCUGCAGGAGGGAGCAGCAUGACUCGGGGAUGCCCCGCCCCCGGCCCCAAGCUGCAUGCACGUUUCUUUUGUUCCGUUUGUUUCGUUUUUUUGUUUUGUUCUCUAUACUUUUUUGUAGAAUCGAAGACGAGACAAAUUAACGAACAAUUCUCAAAAAACAAAAACAGAAAAAAAGACUAGACUAUGUGUGUUAGUUCCACAUACUUUUAGGCCAGCUUGUAUGUUGCAUGUUCUUGUACAGUUUGCUCGUACUGAAUAUGAAUACAAACCGAGAAAAGCCAAGCCAUCCCCGCCCCCUAACAAGGAGCGGACCAGUGGGGGGAGGGGGUCAACUCCACCCGGGCCACGCCUACCACUCUGGGUCUAAAUAUCCAUAUUAGGAAGUCUCCGGAAAAAGUUCUUUUGUUUCCGUUUUUCUUUGAACCCUUUGAACAACAGUGCUGUUCUGUAGUACUGAGCAUACUCGAGCCCCCGGUGUAUCUGAGGAUGUAGGUGUCUAAACUGUAGUUUACGACAGUCGGGGCUAGAGACAGAGAUAGAGAAUGUGUGUAUAACAGCUAAAUGUAUAUGAAGUAUCAUUAUGAGUUUGACAGAAAUGAUAAAGAUAUAGAUAUAUGAAUAUAAAAAGAGUGUAUUUGACUGUACACCCGUCACCAACACACACACAUGCACACCUUGUACAUACAAAUCAGGAUGAGCGGCUUAAACUUAAAGAUAUGAACUAACAAAAAAAAAAAAAAAAAACAUUGCUGACACAAACAUUCCUGGUCUUGUUGAGGGGAGUUUGCGUCCUAUUGAUGCGCUCGGGCUGCUGAGCGGCACCGAGCCACAAGGGGGCGCUAUAAUAGGCCUUUAUUUUUGUCCCAGCUGAAGAAAAUUAGCAGAACCAAUUAGAGCAAAGUUUACUUUCUUCUCCUUGAAUCCCCCUUUCCCCCGUUUAUUAUUACCAUUGGUUUGGACUGGACUUCUAAAACCAAGGAGAAAUCUGGUUUUGCAGACAUAUUUUGCGGAUGUUUCUGUUGAAACCCUUGGCGGUGUGGCCGACUGCCCUUUCCUUUGUCAGUAUUACUCCAGGGAUACUGAUUGUUUACAGCCCAUGGCUCCCCACUCCCAUACCACGAUUCUAGACAAAAGACGAAGUAUUCACUGCAACAGUUCUUGUUUGUAUAACAGAUGUGGCUCUACUGAUGUGUAUGUUUUAUAUUCAAGAGUUCAUUUUUAUUAUUUACAAAUAAAAGACUGUGUGGAAGAAGA